ACACACCCCACACACACUACCACACCGCCUCAUUCUCCCACGAGCCGAGGGGUGAGAGAGGCAGCAGGAGUCUUGUAGCCGGGGGGUGCUGCGGUGGCGGUGCCGGGGAUCCAGGUUGUGAAAUCCGGAGCGAGAAAGAAUCCCGAUCGGGACACACAGGAAACUGUUGCGUCGCUCCCAGACCACCACCAACCACCACCCCCCCCACCGAACAAGUGACAAGGCCCGUGGUUCGUCUUCAAUAAGAGCCGCUUGUGCCCUCUGACCCAACAACAACAGCUCCAUCAUCGUCGCAAUCAGCAUGAGACUGCCCAUUCCGGCGGUGGCGCUGAGCCUCCUGGCCUGCUCCCUGCUGCUGCUACUGCUGCCCUCCCCAGCCAGGGCCUGCAACAAGGUGCUGUGCGCCAGCGACGUGAGCAAGUGCCUCCUGCAGGAGCUGUGCCAGUGCAAGCCAGCGCUGGGAAACUGCUCGUGCUGCCGCGAGUGCAUGCUGUGUCUGUCCACCAUGUGGGACGACUGCUGCGACUGCGUGGGCAUGUGCAAACCGCGCAACAAGACGGACUCGCACCCGACGGCCAAGAGCUCCGUGGAGGAGCUGUCCGAUCCCAUCCCGUCACUGUUCCGCGCACUGACGGAGCGCGAGACGACGCUCAACUGGAACGUGCGCUCCUUCCCCGUGGCCGAAGAGCUGUCGCACGCGCACCACCUGCUCCUGCACGGAGACACGGGUACGUGGCUCACGUCGUCUGCGCCCAACUGCACCGUCGUCUUCUUCAACGAGUGCCUCUCCAUCAACAAGUGCCGCAUGUCGUGCGAGUCCGUGGGCGCCUCCAAGUAUCGCUGGUUCCACAACGCGUGCUGCGAGUGUGUGGGGCCCGACUGCCUGGACUACGGCAGCAAGCACGCCCAGUGCCUCAACUGCAUGGUGUGAGAUCGGGUCACGGGGUUACUGGCCUUCCGGGGGGGUCAUGGAAAGCAUGGGGCCAGCCAGGGCCACUGUGUCAGGAGGCCCAAGAUGGGACGAGGUGAAGUUGUUUUUUAGAGUUUUCAAAGUGCACCUAUGUAUAGGUUUAUAGUUAUGGCACGAUUAUCUGACAUUUCACUACACAUCUUAGGAGAUUGUUUAGUUCCUGAAGAAACUCCCCAGCACGUGGAGUGAAAUUCCACCGUAGAGCUGAACAUAUCUCCGUUAGAUUUUGCCCAAUAAAUGCAAAGCUUAGGUUUGGCAAUGAGUGAGCAGAGGUUCAGGAAUGAGAGGGUGUAUAUGUGGUAUGAUUAGCGCCGAUCACCAACCACUGCAGAUAGCGUGGGGAGGGAGUGGUAGGAACCAGAGCAUAUUCUCAAGCCCCAGUUUGACAUCCUUGUGGGCAUCGGUAUGGAGUUUUUGGCCCUGUCACAAGGCUGCAAUGUCGUUGGAAAUGUUAUAAGUUUCCAGAGACUGUUUUUACAGGGUCGUCCCUUCAAACAGAAAGUGCUAAAAAGAGAAUCCGGUUAUAUAAAAGUAGAGUUGUACAUCUGAUUUGUAGCCUCACCUAAAUUAAGAAUGCUUUUAGCCGAAACUUAACCGUGCAUUUGGCAGAUGCCUGUUGGCACUGCACACAAUUCACACCACCGUGAAGGAAAGCUUCUUGCAUAACCGGUACUUUUGCUUCAUGUUAAGUUUGAAACGCUUUUUUAUACAUUUAGAUUUCUGUUUUAAAAACAAUCUAAUACUUGUUUACAUAACUCAAAUACGAUUUGUUUGCUGUCGUGUUGCUUUUUCACUUGCAUUAAACACUUUUUUUUAGGAAAGGCAA